AUGAGCGCCCAACAAAGACUAGAAGCGCUCUCAGGCCAACUGUCCAGCACAUCAACAACCACACAUGCUCCAGGGCUGAAGAAGAUCCUCGAAAAGAACCCCGACGACAUCGUCAUCACCUGCGCAACCCGCACGCCUCUGACCAAGGCGGGCAAGGGCGGUCUCAAAGACACGCCCACAGACGAAAUCCUGAUCCACGUGCUGAAAGCCAUCAAGGACAAAUCCCAGAUCGACCCCAACGUCGUCGAGGAUGUCUGCGUAGGCAACGUCCUCCAACCGGCGCCGGGGUUCAUAGCCCGCAGUGCCGUCCUGGCAGCCGGGUUCCCCGUCACGACGUCGGCGAACGUGGUCUCGCGAUUCUGCUCCUCGGGCCUGCUGUCCAUCCAGACGCUGGCGUCGUCGAUCGCCAUCGACGCCAUCGACGUGGGCAUCGCCGUGGGGAUCGAGUCCAUGUCGACGAACCGCGACGCGCCGCCCAAGAUGAGCGACAAGAUCCUGUCGCACCCGAUCGCCAAGGACAACAUCGAGCCCAUGGGCUGGACGUCCGAGAACGUGGCCCGCGACUUCCACAUCACGCGCGAGCAGCAGGACAAGUUCGCCGAGCUGUCGCACAACCGGGCCGAGCGGGCGCAAAAGGAAGGCUGGACGCGGGAUGAGAUCACCCCGCUGACGACCAAGUGGGUCGACCCCAAGACCAAGGAGGCCAAGACCAUCACCGUGGACAGGGACGAGGGCAUCCGACCGGGCACCACGUUCGAGGGGCUCCAGAAGAUCCGGGCGGCGUUCCCGCAAUGGGGUCCCACCACGACGGGCGGCAACGCGUCCCAGGUCACCGACGGUGCGGCCGCCGUGCUGAUGAUGAAGCGCUCGACGGCCGAGAGGCUAGGCCAACCGAUCAUUGGCAAGUACGUCAAGAGCACGACCGUCGGACUGGAGCCCCGGAUCAUGGGCAUCGGGCCCAGCCUGGCGAUUCCCAAGAUCCUGCAGAAGACCGGUCUGACAAAGGACGAUGUGGACCUGUUUGAGAUCAACGAGGCCUUUGCGUCCAUGUAUGUCUAUUGCGUCAACGAACUGGGCCUCGAUAUCAACAAGGUCAAUGUCCGGGGAGGUGCUAUUGCCAUUGGACACCCUCUAGGCGCCACCGGCACGAGACAGGUGGUGACCCUGCUUUCCGAGCUCAAGCGACGGAACCAGAAGGUCGGCGUGACCAGCAUGUGUGUCGGCACGGGUAUGGGCAUGGCUGGUGUCUUUGUCAAUGAGCAAUAA